AUGUCAGGUUCUAAAGAAAAUGCAAACGGAGGGAACUGCGAUGAGCUCAACUUUAGUAUUGGAGAAACAGUAAGCGGAUUCAAACUGGUGAAGAAGAUAGACGAAGGAGGAUUCGGGCAAGUUUUCAAAGUGACAAGAGAUGAUAAAACGUUCUAUGCGAUGAAAUUGGAAUCGAGUUUUCAAGGAGGUGGAUCUGCGAUCAAACUAGAAAUCAAUGUUUUGCAACAACUACCAAAAGAUACAGUGUUCCCUGAAUUGAUUUCUGGAGGAAGAAAGCCGCGUUUCCAUUAUCUCGUUCUUGAAUUACUUGGUGAUAAUCUCAAAAUGCUGAAAUCCAGAAGUCCAAAUCCAGAUGUUUGGACCGAUGGAACAUGGUCGAGAAUUGGAAUUCAGUGUUUGUAUGCAAUCAAAGUGAUGCAUGACUCUGGAUUCGUGCACAGAGAUAUCAAGCCGAACAAUUUCGCAAUCGGUUUGAACACAAUUUCAGAGUUAAGAAGCAGACGAGUUCUUCUUUUCGAUUUUGGUUUGGCCAGAAAAUUUGUUCGAAAACUCCCGCCAGCCGACUUGGGUAUCUCGAAGAAAACAGACGCCGCUGUCUCCAAGAAUGGAGCAUCGAAACUCAAGACAAAGCAAGUGAAACCGUCUGGAGAAAAAGGGUCGAAAGUAAAAAAAACCAGGAGCAAACAUGUGAACACUGAGGACGUUCUUCGAAAAAAUCAGAUGAAAGUUCAGAUGAAGAUGAAAAAGCUAAGAGGACCGAAGGCAGCUGAUAACAGUCAACGGACUGCAGAAGAGAAGCCGGACGAAGAUGAGUAUGCUUUUCGGAUCCCUCGUCCACAUACGGAUUUCCGUGGAACCCAUCAGUACGCUUCACCAAAUGCUCACUUACAGAAAGAACUAGGUCGCCACGAUGAUAUCUGGUCGUUGAUGUAUAUGGUUGCCGAGUUUUUUGUCGAACUUCCAUGGACUAACAAUGAGGAUCUUCCGGUGGAUGAACUCAAAGAUCAGUCAUCACUUCUUCGUUUAUUCAUUGACGAAAAGAAUCCCAAUCGUCUCACACAAGAAAUGCGUCGCCAACUGAACGAAAUUGACAAAAUGCUCAAAUCGAUGAACUAUUAUACUCAUCCGAAUUACGAACUGGUCUAUCAGUUCUUGAAGGAUUCAAUGGAUAAAUCCAAAGUCUCUUGGGAUUCGCCUUUUGACUGGGAACUAUCGGGGCAAUCUGAACUGGAGAAAACGAUUAAACAACCCAAGAAGAAAAAUUUCUAUUGGGAGAAUCCAAAAUCGUUUUUCAAGAAUAGUCGCUGGGUUGAACUGAAAAUGCCAUCUCUUUCGCCACCGGUCUCAUCUAAAAACUCGUCAGCGUCAAAAGCAAGAUCUGUGAGUGGAUACAAGAAAGCGGACUACAAAGCACGUGGAAGAGGUCCGAUGAGUAAGGAAGACUCGGCAGAUGGCGAGGAUGUGUUGGCAAAAGCACCUACUCCGGCACAGAAAUCGUCAAGGAAAGAGCCAGAUGUGAUUUCUGUGGAAUCAAAGAAGCAAAUUUAA